CACCAGCAUUAGAGUAUUAUUAUGCGACAAAUUAUUCAAACUGUAGACUUCAUUAUAACUUUUUCGACUCCCAUCAAAGCAUCUUGUAUUCCUCCUAUGCUAUUCAGUUAGUUUCGAUACCACUUCAAGUUCUUGCUUUCUACGUUAUCAUUUUCCAAACCCCAGUUGCUAUGAAAAUAUCCAAAGCGCCAUUGCUCAUUAAUCAUACGUUUUGUGCCAUACUUGAUGUCGUUUUAUGUACCCUUUGCCCAUUAUACUUAUUUCUGCCAAUGACUGCAGUUUCUUGCAUUGGAUUGCUUAGCUGGUUUGGAUUACCUACAUUAUUGCAGUUGUCUAUCAUUUGUUUUGUGGAAAUAUGUGACGCGUUAUCCUACAUCAAUCUUUUCGAAAGCCGUGCAAGCUCCCUUCUUGCCAACCGGUUCAGAAUAUCUAGUAACAAAUCAAAAAUCUUAUAUUAUUGCAUAGUAAUGCUCCCAGCUGUGUUUCUGACCCCUCGCUAAAGUUUUUCCCUGAAAAUCAAGACGUUGCUAAACUAGAAGCAUUGAAAAGUUAUCCCUGUCCAACUCAAGAAUACUUCACGACUUCAGUGUUCAUCGCCUUGAUUGAUCAUGUUGCGAUUCGAUAUGCUAUUAUUCCAUUAGUAUUGGCAGUGAGCAGCGUACUGGGUCAUUUUCUGUUUCAUAUGGUUUGCCUGGUGUAUUAUAUUUAUGUAGUGCGAUCUAAAUUUGUGUCUAAGGAAACACAAGGAAAACAGAAAACUUUUCUGGUCAGCAUAUUGUUUCAAACCUCGAUACCCUUUGCCGUAGUGAUCAUACCACUUGCUAUUGUUUUCGCCUUCAAUUCAUUUGGCUACUAUUCUCAGAAAGCAAUGAACUUGGCUUUUUGUUGUGCACUACUUCAUGGCCUGUGCGAAAGUGUGGGAGUCAUUUUUGUGCACAAACCAUAUCGAGACGUAAUUGGAAGAUGGUUGUUCAAAAGUGAAGAAAUUUUCAUCAACGUUCAGCCAUCACGAGGGAACCUCACUAGAGAUAGUGGUCAUAUAACUAAUUUUUGAAUAA